GAUAAUUCUAGAAGAAGCUUCGCAGUUCAUUUCACUUGCAGCCUAAAGCCAAGCGAAGCUCAAGCUCUUCACUGGACUCACCUCCUGGAAGCCUGAAGACACCCGGAGACUCUGCAUCUUAUACCUGUUAUCUGCUGGUCAACAGUUCAGGGAGUCUGUGUCGACAUUUGACGCUGCGGACGUUUUAUUAAAUUGAGUUAAAGUUAGCCUGUUAGCCGAGUUGUCAAAAUGUUGAGUGUCGCCAAAAGCGUUUCAAGGACUCUCCAGACAAGGAACUGCACACGAAAUGUCUCCUCUUUGAUCAAGAAGUCAUGCUGGAGUGGUGGCUUCCAAUCAGAUGCUCUCAGAGCUCUGUCCAGGAGAGACUAUGCGUCAGAGGCCGUCAAGGGUGCAGUCAUUGGCAUCGAUCUAGGAACCACUAACUCAUGUGUCGCAGUCAUGGAAGGGAAACAGGCCAAGGUGUUGGAGAAUGCAGAGGGGGCCAGGACGACUCCUUCAGUCAUCGCGUUCACAGCAGACGGGGAGCGUUUGGUGGGUAUGCCCGCUAAACGCCAGGCUGUCACCAACCCUGAGAACACACUGUACGCCACCAAGAGACUGAUAGGCCGUCGCUAUGACGACCCUGAGGUCCAGAAAGACCUGAAGAACGUCCCCUAUAAGAUUGUGCGUGCAUCCAACGGUGACGCUUGGGUGGAAGCUCAUGGGAAAAUGUACUCCCCCAGCCAGGCGGGAGCCUUCGUCCUGAUGAAGAUGAAGGAGACUGCAGAGAACUACCUGGGAACCAAAGUGAAGAAUGCUGUUGUCACUGUACCAGCCUACUUCAAUGAUGCUCAGAGACAGGCUACCAAAGAUGCUGGUCAGAUUUCUGGUUUGAACGUCCUGCGUGUGAUCAACGAGCCAACAGCCGCUGCUCUGGCCUACGGCCUGGACAAAACCCAGGAUAAAAUUAUUGCUGUCUAUGAUCUGGGUGGAGGUACAUUUGAUAUCUCAAUCCUGGAGAUCCAGAAGGGCGUUUUUGAGGUGAAGUCCACAAAUGGCGACACCUUCCUGGGGGGAGAGGACUUUGACCAGCACCUCCUCAAACACAUUGUCAAAGAGUUUAAGAGAGAGUCUGGUGUGGAUCUGCUGAAAGACAACAUGGCUCUUCAGAGAGUCCGAGAGGCUGCUGAGAAGGCCAAGUGUGAGCUGUCCUCUUCACUGCAGACUGACAUCAACCUUCCCUACCUGACCAUGGAUGCCUCUGGUCCCAAACAUCUCAACAUCAAGCUGACCCGUGCUCAGUUUGAAGGCAUUGUGGCUGACCUGAUCCGCCGCACAGUGGCUCCCUGCCAGAAGGCCAUGCAGGACGCCGAGGUGUCCAAGGGAGACAUAGGAGAGGUGCUGCUGGUCGGAGGCAUGAGCCGUAUGCCCAAGGUUCAACAAUCAGUUCAGGACCUGUUUGGCCGUGCUCCCAGCAAGUCUGUCAACCCCGAUGAGGCUGUUGCCAUCGGAGCAGCCAUCCAGGGUGGUGUUUUGGCCGGUGAUGUCACAGAUGUGCUGCUGCUGGAUGUGACACCACUCUCUCUGGGUAUUGAGACCCUGGGUGGAGUCUUCACCAAACUCAUCAACAGGAACACCACAAUUCCCACCAAGAAGAGCCAGGUGUUCUCCACAGCAGCUGACGGUCAGACUCAGGUAGAGAUCAAGGUGUGUCAAGGAGAAAGAGAGAUGGCAGCAGACAACAAAGUGCUGGGUCAGUUCACUCUGGUCGGAAUCCCCCCUGCCCCCCGCGGUGUCCCUCAGAUUGAGGUCACCUUCGACAUUGAUGCCAACGGCAUCGUCCACGUCUCCGCCAAGGACAAGGGAACAGGCCGAGAACAGCAGAUUGUGAUCCAGUCAUCAGGAGGUCUCAGUAAAGACGACAUCGAGAACAUGGUCAAGAACGCUGAGAAGUAUGCAGAGGAGGACAGGAGGAGAAAGGACCGUGUGGAGGCCGUCAACAUGGCUGAGGGCAUCGUCCAUGACACAGAAUCCAAGAUGGAGGAAUUCAAGGACCAGCUUCCUGCUGAUGAGUGCACCAAGCUGAAGGAGGAGAUCUCAAAGGUCCGGGAUCUUCUGACCAACAAGGAAUCAGAAACAGGGGACAACAUCAAACAGGCAGCCACCAACCUGCAGCAGGCAUCACUUAAACUCUUCGAAAUGGCCUACAAGAAGAUGGCGGCAGAGCGGGACAGCAGCAGCAGCAGCAGCAGCAGCAGCUCGGGCUCAUCAGAGGGAGAGAAGAAAGAAGGCCAGCAGUAAACCUUUGCACUUGUGUGUCACUGGGUUUCCGUGACAACGGAGGACUGUCUAGCUCGGCGGUGGACUGGGUGGGGAAGGUGGCAGUCUUGAGUGACGAGCUGAAUCUUAGUCAUUCUCACCAUAAUAUAUUAUUCUACUGUGUUUUGGCAGUAAAAUUCUCUAGUGAAAAGAUAAAUGUCCAUGUAUGCUCCUCCAUGUCCUAUGAUGUCUGUCUGUAAUUUAAUUAUGUCAAAACAAUGUCUUGUAUGUUUAUUUUUACAACACUGUUGAUUUACAUUCUGAGCAAGUAAAGGUUCCUUUUUUGUCUAAGACAUCAUGUAGGUUUCAUGUUCUUUGGUUUCAUCAACAGCAGCAGUUCAGCUUGUUAAUGGCUCUGAUCAGUCGUUGUUUGUACCAGUUGAGCCCAGUUCAACAGCUUGUACACAGUUUGAGCUUUGGUACAGAGGACGGCCCAACUCCGUCUUCAUAAUGUAAUAUUGUACAGUGCUCUACAUCAAUUAUAGCUAUCUUGUUUUAAUAGUGUGUUCAUAACAAUGUGGAGGUGGGAAGUUACUGUACAAAAAUCUUGAAAUAUAUUAGUUUUUAUGUCAAACUUGCCACCUCUCAGUUGUCCUGAGUUCACUCUAAAGAGGUCAAAACUUCUGCAGAAUUGCUUUCAUGAGGUGGUUUUCAUUUCAUCACUUUUAUUCUUGAACUGUGUAAAAAUGUAUCUGCAGCACUCUGAGAGGAGUUAUGAUCCUAUUUCUUCUUGUGUCCUUUGACUCUUUAGACAGACUUGUUGAGGCCAGGGGACACCAAGCUAGAGUAAUACUGAUUAUCGGGGGGAAGACAGAAUAUGAAUAAAUCUAAUGUCUGUUUGUGUGUGAGGAUGAGGUCAAGCUUUAGUUAUUUUGAUGAUGUAAAAUAAUGUAAGGCCUUGAUCUGUGAGAAUCCCCAUCUUUUAGUUCUUUGCAUCCUCUUUUGUAGCAUCCAUUAUAAACAGCUGAGUUCUGACCUCAAAAUACAUGUUGAAUUGUUGCUGACUCUUCAACUAGAAUUAGGUGAAUUUGGAUGUUGAAAUUGCACAAUAGAGGAUGAGGCCUUAGUUGCUGUCUCCUUUCAGACAGACAACAGCAGGAAGAGUUGAGACACAACACACUAGCACAGGACUGUGGAAAUUCAGUAUGAGCCCAGCCGUGUCAUUCCCCUCCAGAAGGAUGUUUUGUUUCUGCCAUAAACUGCUCUGUGUAAUGUGAUUGUUGCUACAUGCCUGCCUGAUAGUGAUCCAGGCUGCUCUAUGAAUGAAGGGAGCAAUGAGGCUGUGGUGAAUUGAACAUGGGGGGGGGAGGUGUGAUUGUAUUACUGGAGUUAAAUUGAGGGUCAAGAUAACUUGCUGUCUUUUCUAAUAAAAAUUUGAAAUGUGA